AUGGUAAUAACGGUGCGUCCGCCUGCAUGGUUCCCGCCAGCAGUAGCAGCGGCAGAGUGGGUUGCACUUGGCAAGAUGGCGGACAAGGAGGAAGCAACCGAGAAAAAUGAGAAGACCAUCGCCGAAGAUAUCGUGGUUACCAAGUACAAAAUGGGCGGUGAAAUGGUCAACAGAGUCCUCCAGGAAGUGAUAAAGAAGUGUCAGGCUGGGGCUUCAGUGAGGGAGAUCUGUGAUCAUGGAGACAAGCUUCUCCUUGAAGAAACUGGGAAAGUUUUCAAGAAGGAAAAGGAGAUGAAGAAAGGAAUUGCAUUUCCGACUUGCCUAUCAGUCAACAACUGCAUCUGCCACUUUUCCCCUCUGUACAGUGAGCCUGAUCACAUCCUCCAAGAUGGUGAUAUGGUGAAGAUAGAUUUGGGGGCUCACAUUGAUGGCUAUAUUGCUGUUGUGGCUCAUACACUGGUGAUUGGGGCUUCACAUGACGAUAAAGUGAAAGGGAAGAAAGCAGAUGUGAUCAUGGCGGCUCACCUGGCUUCAGAAGCUGCUCUGAGGCUUUUGAAACCAGGGAAUGAGAAUUACGCAGUCACUGAUAUGGUGCAGAAAAUAGCUGAGGCAUAUGAAUGCCAUCCAGUGGAGGGAAUGCUCAGCCACCAGCUGGAGCACCUUAGGAUAGAUGGUGAGAAGAGCAUCAUUCAAAACCCCAGUGAGGGACAACGUAAGGACCACGAGAAGUGCACAUUUGAGGUCCAUGAGGUCUAUGCCAUGGAUGUUCUUGUCUCUACGGGUGAAGGCAUUGGUCGUGAAUAUGAUUCACGGGUCACUGUGUAUAAGAAGACAGAAGAUACAUACAUGCUGAAGAUGAAGGCAAGCCGUAAUUUCUUCUCGGAUGUGGAGAAACGCUUUGCAACAAUGCCAUUCAACCUGCGCACCUUUGAAGAUGAGAAGAAGGCAAAAAUGGGUGUUGUGGAAUGUGUCAAGCACAAGCUCAUUGAACCAUUCCAUGUCCUCUAUGAAAAGCCUGGGGAGUAUGUGGCUCAAUUCAAAUUUACGGUCCUGUUGAUGCCAACUGGAUCUCACAAGAUUACUGGAAUCCCAUUUGAAGCAGAUAUGUAUGAGAGUGACAAGACUAUCAAGGAUGAAGAGAUCUUGAAAGUCCUCAAAUCUUCUGUGGGGCACAAAGGUGGGAAGAAGAAGAAGAAGAAGCCAGGUGAGAAGACAGGGGCAGGCGAAGGCGGCGUGGGGAAGACGAGCAUUGUGACUCGGCAGAUAAGCGGCAAUUUCCAGAAGAAUGUGAGCAGCACUCUUGGGGCCUCUUUUUGUACCUGCAUGCUUCGUAUUGAUGGCACACGAAUCCGAUUGCAGGUAUGGGACACUGCAGGACAAGAGAGAUUUCGUGCAAUGGCUCCUAUGUACUAUCGUAAUGCAAAUGCUGCCCUCCUUGUCUUUGAUCUCUCCAAAUAUGCCACCUUCACAGAUGUCAAAAAAAUCUUAAUCCAUGUCUAUGAGCAUAAUACCCUCAUAUUGACAGAGCUGUCCAAGAAUGUUGAAGGUCCUCUUGUCCUAUGUCUCUUGGGGAAUAAGAGUGACCUUGUGAGUGAAAGGCAAGUAACAACCAAGGAAGCAGCAGACUAUGCUGCCUCACUCGAUGCAUUGUUCUUUGAGACCUCAGCUGUCAACAAUGAAGGAAUUGAGGAAGCAUUUGUGAGCACAGCACAGAGCCUCCUGAAGCAGCUGAAGGUGCAGCUACCUCCAGAAGCAGUUCAGCUGCAGACAUCACAUAGGAUGGAUGUAGAGAAUCUGAGAAAGUUAUGUGAAUUUGAACCCUUGGAUAAGAUAGAUAAGGUUAUCGAGGCCAUAUGGAGUGUAGCCUCAAGUGCCACUGUUCCAACGAUGGAUGACCUCUUGUUUCGACCUGAGGUUCAAGGGGAUUUCGAUGACACAUUACAUCAUCACUGUGCUGAGAGCAUGAAAGUCUUGCAAAGGGCAUUGCAUAUGAUUGGAGAUCAAGAUCUUGAUGACAGACAGAAAUCUGCUCUAAAGCGUGCCAUCGUUCGGGUGAUUGUACUCUGUGCUGAACAUGCAAAUAAAGAAAACGUGUGGAGUGGACACAAUUUGAUUGAAGGAGCUUCAGCUCUUCUCAAUGAAGCCCUGAGUGUCACAGGAGCAAAAUCUGCAUCUGACUUAUUAGUUGGAAAAAGCCAGCUUUAUGAAAGGGGGAUAAAGAAGGAUUGUUUUGUGGCUCUCAGGCCAAAACUGCUCAAGGACACUUGGAAGAAGUAUCCAGCUGCCAAGAUGGCCUACUUCUGGCUGCUCUCACAGAUCAAGUUUCCAGAACUGAGUGACCUGAUUGACACUGUGAUGCCAACUGCACUCAUCCUGCUUGAUGAUCACAUACCUGCCAACAACAUUCUUGGCAUUCAGGCAGUGCAGCAUGUCAUUGACAAUGUGAGUCCAACAGAGCUGAGAUGGCAUGGGAGGGCAGAGGUGAUUUAUGCAGCAUUGAAGCAUGAGCUGUUUGCUCGAGAGCCUUGCAUUGUGUCAUGCCUCCAUCCACCAUUAAUAUCCAUCCUCACUAUCCUCGAAGGAGAUCCUAAGAAGCCGAUGGAAUCCCGUCCUGGUCCCAAGCAUGAUGAGGUGAUGAUUCAAGUUCUGUACAACAUGGGCAUUGAGACCCAACUCAACCUGCGAAGGGAAUAUAUCAAGAUCCUUCUGCUGUAUGUCCAGGCAUUAGGCAUUGGAGUGCUAAAGUGGAUGAAUCGCAUUCUGGAAGUCAUUGAAGAUUAUGCCAUGAAUGAUGAUCCGCCAAGGCAGGGAUGCCGCAUUGGAGCCUUGAAGAGUUUGGAAUCAGUUGUUCAAGAGACAUGGCCUCGGGUGCCAGAGAACAUGGAGAGGAUCUGUGAGAUUCCAUUGAAGCUCAUGAUUGAUCUCACCGGUGAUGCCAGGCCCUGGACCGUCGAUGAUGAGGCGGCAAAGGUGAUAUUUGAGCCAUGCCUUUCCAUUUUACGACUCUGUCGGGAUGUGAACUCCACCAUAUCAUGGGCUGACCCAGUAAAAAUGUUGAAGUGCGUGCAUGAGCUGCACAUGUCUUGGAGUCGAAGUGCCCGUUCUUCCUUGCCCCAACAUGCUCUUGCCUUGCGUAGACCAUCUGCAUCGUUCCUCUCGACAGCAGCUCAGGAGAAGCCAGAAAAAGCAUCAUCAGUGACUCUCACAACCCUAUCGUCCAUCCCGACAUGGGUGCGGACACCUCUGGACCGCAAGCUGUACUUGUGUCGCACCCCUCGGGAUGUCCUAGACCUCACGCACACUCGGUACUGUGAGGUGCGGCAACUGUAUUAUGCAGUCGUCGUCCUGCAUUCUCUGGUGAAAUCCCAAGAAUAUUGUCUCAAAGACUUUGAAGAUGAUGCUCGAUUCAAGUCCUUGUUGAUGACCCUCAGUGAAAGCUUCUCCAGUGCCGAAUUUUCAUUCCGGGCAUAUCAGUCCUUGCUUGAAAUGGGCAUUCCCCCUGCCUCUGAAGUUCUCAGUUCACUGGCAAGACGCAUGGCCGAAAACUUGCGUCGGAUGAAUGCCUCGCUCAUUAUACGCAUAUUGGACUUCGUGGUGUCUUACCCGAAGCAACAACAGACACCAGAACAGAGGCGUCUGCUGGAGGCUUGCGUGAACAAUCUUCAGCUGCGUUGGGUGGAAUUCAGUAACUUGAAGCAUGUUCUUGCAGUCUUGAAGCAUCAUUCCCUCUUCACUCCUGAGUUUCUCACCAAUGUUCAAGACAAGACCAUGGAAUUGCUCGACAAGGAGUCCCCUCAAAAUCUGUCCAAGGUGGUGUGCACACUGGCAAAUGUGAACAGACGCCCAGCACCACUUCUGAGGGCAUUGGCAUAUCACAUGACCAAGCAGGAAUUGAAACUGACUGCUCGUCAGUUGUCUGAGGUCCUAGCUGCUCUUUACCGACUCAGUUUUCCUGAUCAUCCUCUACUUGAUCGCAUUGCAACUGAGCUGAGACCCCAGAUCUCAAAUAUUCAGAGUGUGAAUGUCAUUAGGAGUAUCCUCACAAGUGUUGGGCUCUUGCGUUGGAGACAUACAGGGCUGAUCCAAAACCUAUGUGAGUGGAUGAGGGAGAACACAGGUCGCUGCAGCACAUCUGAAUGGGUUGCUCUCCUCCAAACCCUUGCCUCUGUCUCCUACAUGCCUUUUGAAGCUGAUAGCAUUUUUCAGGACAAGCUGGCAGAGUUGGAGCAGGGACAGAUGAGCAAUGCAGAAUGGGUGAAUGUAGUCUGGUCCUUGAUUGUACUGGACAAAGCCAGUCCAAAACAACUGAAUUCCAUUCUUGAUCCCAAAUUCUUCUUGUCAUCUGCAGAUUUGGUGCACCGCAUCAAACUCUGCCACAUAUGUCAAUACAUUCGCUUGUCUGGGUUGGUCCAGAUCCCUGAAGACAUGAUGAAUAUGUUGUGUGAGUUUUUUGAAGCAUAUAUCCUAUGCUCUCCACGGUCUGCAGAAUCUGAACUUCUCAGCCUGAGAGUUCGAGAUGCCAUUGGGAUAUUCAUCCCAAGUCCCAAAUUUUUGAAGAGCAAAACCACCUCAACCAUCUGCUUACCCCUUGAUGCUGAAUUUAUAAUGGAUCGCAAUGGAAACCCUCUUCCCUGUGAAAAUGCCCAAAGCUCAAAACUUCCUUCUGGUGCCUCAAAGAGAAGUCAUACUCCCUGUGAGAAUGCCCUGAACUCAAAACCUCUACCACCUGGUGCCUCAAGAGUGGCUGUGCUCAUGUGGGACUACAAGGACUUCACAGUGGGGAACCAGGUGUUGACUGGUCAUGCCAUGCUGACUCGUAAGCUCCUGCAGAUGGCUGGGUAUGUCCUCCUAGAGGUCCCACACAUGGACUUUCAAUACAAGAACAUGGAUGCUCAGGUUGAUUAUCUCAAGUUGAAGGUCAAUCAAAUCUCGGGGAACCGAGCCAGAUAUCCGAGGAAUGUUGACUUCCCACUCGCAAUAUUCCCUUCCACUGUGACCGUAAACGGCCGAUUCAAUUUGCAGGACAUUUCGACCCUCGAGAACGUGAACAACGAAAGACUCGGGUCCUUCCCCCUCACGCGUCGGAAGGAAGGAAAUCCCGCCAAACGUCCAAAACUUUUGAACGCACGUGGCCGCAUGCAUCUCUCGCCUUUGUCUCCCACGGAUGCUCCAACUCUCGAGAAACCACGCAACUUAGGAGACAACAGACAAGUGCAGAAAAGUCCCCUCACUCGUGAAAAUGCUGACAACCUACCGUUGCUUGCGUUGGCCUCUGAUGGCGAAGGUGAACCCUCAGUGCCUUUUUGUGAUUACAUCGCCAGGGUGAUCAAGAUUGAUCUGCCCAACUUUGACGAACUGAAGGAAGACUGGAGCCGCUUGAGUGCAGCUGAGAUUCGACUUAAAAUGAAGGAAAAGGGGGUUCAGCCAAUCCGUCCAUGGCAGGAGAAGUCAAUCAACCUUGCCUCUACUGGUGAUAUCUUUGAAGCCUACAUUCCCCCAGAAGGCGAUGGGAAAAUAUCUGCAAUUCUUCCCUCUGGUGCAAAGCAGAAAAUGGUGCUAAUUGAGAAGAAGAGCAAGUCCUAUCUAGCCCUCAGGAAAAUACGUAGCUUCAUAGAAGGUUUUGAUGCCUCCGAAUUUGCAUUUAAGGCUCAGGACAUCUAUGUUGAAGCCCACAAAUGCCUUAUGAAUUUGAAGGAGAAUGAAGACAGGCUUCAUGACCUCGUCACUGAGAAGUGCUUCCCUGAAAUGACAAGGAACGUGAAGCUGAAAACCAUCAGGUGGAACUUCCUGAAGUCAAUUGAGCCCCCAAGAGUUGUUCAUGCUCGUGCCACUCAUCUCAUCUCCAAGGAGAACAUGUUUGCUCAAGUCACUCUCCGAUUUCACACUCAGCAGACCCUAGCAGUUUAUGACAGAUUUGGGAGGCUGGAAUAUGGGAGUGAAGUGGUGGCAAAGGAUGUGCUAGAGUAUGUUGUCUUUGAAAAUCACCUCUCAAAUGAGUAUGGGCUGUGGCGCAUUCAUGGGAAGGUGAUUCCCAACUGGAUGCCACCCAAGGAUCCCAUUCCAAGGACGUACCGUAAGCCAGAUGUACCCAAAAAACCAGAGGUCCCAGUUCCACAAUCUCCAACUCAGCCCAAAGCCCAGGCAAUGUUCUCAACUAGUACACAGGCAAAGACUUGGGUGUUCCCAGAUGAGCAGGUCAUUGAAAGCCUUCGAUGGGAAGCCAAUGCACAUUUUGCACGAGACAACCCUUAUAAAGUUGCUGAUCCAGAGAAAUUCUAUCUGAUGUACGAUGAAGAGCGAAUGCUGCUGAGGCAGUACGAGUACCAUCUCCGUGAUUUCUGUCGCAAGUUUGAACCUCCAAUACCCAAAACUGUUGUUGGCACAGCAUUUCACUUCUUCAAACGCUUCUACCUCUACAACUCUGCCAUGGACUAUCACCCAAAAGAGAUCCUGGUGACGUGUGUGUUCCUGGCCUGCAAGGUGGAUGAGUUCAAUGUGUCCAUGUCCCAGUUUGUGGCCAAUAUUCAUGGGGACAAAGAGAAGGCAGUGGAUGUGAUCUUGAACAAUGAACUCCUCCUCAUGCAGCAGCUUCAGUAUCACCUCACUAUUCACCUUCCCUUUCGUCCUGUUGAAGGAUUCCUCAUUGAUCUCAAGGUCCUCAAUACCAGAUACCCAAUGUUGGAGAAUCCAGAAUCAUUGCGAGCAGGUGUAGAGGACUUCCUUGGAAAGGUCUUCUUCACUGAUGCCAUCCUCAUCUAUGCACCCUCUCAGAUUGCCCUAGCAGCAAUAUUGAAUGCAGCCAGCCGCCAGAAUCAGAACCUUGACUCUUAUGUCACAGAUUGCCUCUUUGGGGAUAAGGCCAGUGACAAACUCAAUAACAUUAUUGAGGCAGUACGAAGUGAGCCACUCUUUCAACUGUACAAGCGGAAACUCCAGGAGAUGCUGGAGGACGAGGAAGAGGUGCGGGCCAGCAAGUAUGCUCGCAUCGCCGAGGCUCAGAGACAGGACGAGGAGGCCCGCCUCAACUCCUGACCUCGGCCGACUUCUCGUUCUGUGAUUCGACGUGAUUUUCUCCUCCUCUGAGUCUCACUCGAGGAAUGACCUGAUGUUUCCAAUGAAGACAUUUUGAAUAGAUCUA